AUGAGCGCCUUUCUUACCAACGAGCCCGCGUACAAUCGCUACCUAGAAGGCGGCCUGAACCUUCCUACCUAUAACACGGACCAAAAUGGCAACAUUGUCCUUAUAGCUGGCGAAGUCUUUUGCCGCGUUGAUAGCUAUACUAGUAAGGACGCCAAAUUCUCGACUUCCGGUAACCUACGAAACUAUCUAAAGACGCACCCCACUAUCUCUCUCCCUCCUACUAGUCGCGCUAGCCGCUACACCAACUCUCCUCAAUAG